GGGGUCCGGAAGCUCCGGCAACUCGGCGGCACCCGCCGCUUUGAGGUAGCGGGUCCCGGCAGGCGAUGGGCCCCUCGGGCUCCCGGGGGCGCGCCACGUGGGUGCUGGCCGGGGGCCUCCUGGCGGUAGCCCUGGCGCUGGGGGACCGAGGCUGUCUCGGCGCCAGCUCAAGUCCCCGCUGGCGCCCCCUCGGCGCGCAGCCACCCCGGCAUCCCCAGGUGGCUCCCGGGUCUGGGCCUGGCCUGAGGACUCCUCCCGGGCGGAGCGGGGUGGGGCCCGAGAGCAGCACGCAGGACUUGCCCUGUAUGGUUUGGCCCAAAGUAGAAUGCUGUCACUUUAAGACUGCAGUGGGAGCACCACUUGGAAUGAAAUUGGACAAGAAAAUGGAAGUCUUUAUCCCACUCUCAACCUCUGCAGCCUCUAGUGGGCCAUGGGCUCAUUCCUUAUUUGCUUUUAUACCUUCCUGGCCUAAGAAGAACUUAUUUAAAAGAGAGUCUCCUGUAACACACCGCCUGUAUGGGGACAUUUCAAGAGAAGUUCAAGAGACUUCUGAGAAUGGAGUAAUUUUUCAGAAAUGUGCACUGGUGUCUGGGCCAACCGAAGCACAGACAGCCCACAUAUGGCUGCUUGUUAACAACACCAAGACACCCUCGUCAGCCAACCUCUCAGAGCUUCUCUUGCUGGACAGCAUCGCUGGUCUCACCGUUCUGGAGUCCAUCGGAAACAAGACCUCGGAAGGAUUCCAGGCUUUUAGCAAGAAGUUUCUGCAAGUGGGAGAUGCCUUUGCUGUCAGCUAUGCAGCCACGCUCCAGGCUGGAGACCUCGGGAACGGGGAGAGCCUCAAGCUUCCUGCCCAACUCACCUUUCAGAGCUCGUCACAGAACAGAACACAGCUGAAAGCGCUUUUUUCCAUAACAGCAGAAGAAAACAUAACGGUUCUGCCGCACCACGGCCUCCAUGCAGCGGGGUUCUUCAUUGCCUUCCUCCUCUCCCUUGUGCUGACCUGGGCUGCCCUCUUCCUCAUGGUUCACUAUCAGUGUCUGAAGGGAAGCAUGCUCACCAGACAUCGGGUAGAGGAGACCAUCACAACGGGUAAUGGUGCGGACAUCGCAUCAGAGAUCUGGUUGGAGAUUGCAACCCUGAAUCGGGCAGGUGCAGAUCUGGAGGCUUAUCGAACACAAAUCAGCAAGGAUAUCAUUGCCCUCCUACUGAAAAAUCUCACCAGCAGUGGCCACCUCUCACCCCAAGUAGAGAGAAAAAUGAGUGAUGUUUUCAAAAAGCAGUUUAUGUUGCUGGAAAAUGAAAUACAAGAGGAGUAUGAUCGGAAGAUGGUGGCAUUGACAGCUGAGUGUGACCUGGAAACAAGAAAGAAGAUGGAAAACCAGUACCAGAGAGAGAUUAUGGCAAUGGAGGAAGCAGAAGAGCUGCUGAAACGUGCUAGCGAGAGGUCUGCUGUAGAGUGCAACAGCCUUCUGCGGACCCUCCAUGGCCUGGAACAGGAGCACUUGAGGAAGUCUCUCGCUUUGCAGCAAGAAGAAGACUUUGCCAAAGCUCACAGACAGCUAGCUGUUUUCCAGAGAAACGAACUGCACCGUAUCUUUUUUACCCAGAUAAAAAGUGCUAUUUUGAAAGGGGAAUUGAAGCCAGAGGCGGCUAAAACGCUGCUGCAAAAUUAUUCUAAAAUACAGGAGAAUGUAGAAGAGUUAAUGGACUUUUUCCAGGCUAGUAUUUUUUUUUUUUUAAGUAAAAGGUUUGGCCACAGGGAAUAUCUGGUUCAGAACCUCCAGUCAUCAGAGACCCGUGUGCAGGGCCUUCUGAGCACCGCUGCAGCCCAGCUGACUCACCUCAUUCAGAAGCAUGAGAGAGCAGGGUACCUGGAUGAAGACCAAAUGGAAAUGCUAUUGGAGCGGGCUCAGACAGAAGUCUUUUCAAUCAAGCAGAAGUUGGACAAUGACUUAAAGCAGGAAAAGAAAAAACUCCAGCAAAAGUUGAUAACUAAGAGAAGACGAGAGUUGCUACAAAAGCACCGGGAGCAGCGGAGGGAGCAGCUCUCCAUCAGCGAGGCCUUCCAAGCGGUUGAGGAUGCCGGCCAGUACCUGCGCCAGUGGAGGAGCCUGAUGGAGGAGCAGGGCGCCGCCCUGGAGGAGCUGCAGGAGCGUCUGGACCAGGCUGCCCUGGACGAUCUCAGGGCCCUGACCCUCUCGCUGUUUGAGAAGGCCACCGACGAGCUGCGGCGCCUGCAGAACUCAGCCAUGACCCAGGAGCUGCUCAAGCGCAGCGUGCCCUGGCUCUUCCUACAGCAGAUCCUGGAGGAGCACGGCAAGGAGAUGGCCGUGCGGGCCGAGCAGCUGGAGGGGGAGGAGAGGGACAGGGACCAGGAGGGUGUCCAGAGCGUGAGGCAGAGACUGAAGGAUGAUGCUCCCGAGGCCGCGACAGAGGAGCAGGCGGAGCUGAGACGCUGGGAGCACCUGGUCUUCAUGAAGCUCUGCUCCUCAGUCUUCUCCCUGUCUGAAGAGGAGCUGCUCCGGAUGAGGCAGGAGGUCCAUGGCUGCUUUGCUCAGAUGGACAGGAGCUUGGCCCUCCCCAAAAUCCGGGCCCGAGUUCUGCUGCAGCAAUUUCAGACUGUGUGGCGAGAAGCAGAGUUCCUGAAGCUGGACCAGGCCCUGGCUGCCCCCGAGCUGCAGCAACAGUCCAAGGUGAGAAAGUCACGGUCCAAGAGUAAAAGCAAGGGAGAGCUUCUGAAGAAGUGCAUCGAAGACAAAAUUCACCUCUGUGAGGAACAGGCCUCUGAAGACCUGGUGGAAAAGGUUCGAGGGGAAUUGCUGCGGGAGAGAGUGCAGCGGCUGGAGGCACAGGAGGGAGGCUUUGCACAGUCGCUUGUUGCUCUGCAGUUCCAGAAGGCGGCCCGGAUAACCGAGACCCUGUCGGCCUACACCGCCCUCCUCAGCAUCCAGGACUUGCUCCUGGAAGAGCUGAGUGCGUCUGAGAUGCUGACCAAGUCGGCCUGCACGCAGAUCCUGGAAUCGCACAGCCGGGAGCUCCAGGAGCUGGAGAGGAAGCUGGAGGACCAGCUGGUGCAGCAGGAGGCGGCCCAGCAGCAGCAGGCCCUGGCGAGCUGGCAGCAGUGGGUGGCCGAUGGGCCCGGGAUUCUGAACGAACCUGGGGAGGUGGAUUCUGAAAGACAGGUCUCUACUGUCCUGCAGCAAGCCCUGAGCAAGAGCCAGACGUUACUGGAGCAACAUCAGCAGAGUUUGAGAGAGGAGCAACAGAACAGUGCCGUGCUAGAAGACUUGUUGGAAAAUAUGGAGGCAGACACCUUCGCAACCCUGUGCAGCCAGGAGCUGAGACUGGCAUCGUACCUGGCGAGGAUGGCCGUGGUGCCCGGGGCCACGCUUCGCCGGCUCCUGAGUGUGGUGCUGCCCACGGCCUCACAGCCUCAGCUGCUGGCCCUGCUGGAUUCGGGUAGCGAGAGACAUCCGGACCACGCAGCUGAGGGCGAUGGCGGAGCGGAGCAGGCCGACGUGGGCAGGCGGAGGAAACACCAGAGCUGGUGGCAAGCCUUCGACAGCAAACUGCGAGGAGAUCUAAUAAGCAGAGGAUUAGAAAAGAUGCUGUGGGCCCGCAAGAGAAAGCAGAGCGUAUUAAAGAAGUCGUGUCUCCCUCUCAGAGAGAGGAUGAUAUUCUCUGGAAAAGGAAGUUGGCCACACCUGUCACUGGAGCCCAUUGGCGAACUGGCCCCUGUACCCAUUGUCGGGGCAGAAACCAUUGAUGUAUUAAACACAGGAGAGAAGCUCUUUAUAUUCAGAAAUCCAAAGGAGCCAGAGAUUUCGCUGCAUGUUCCUCCCAGGAAAAAGAAGAACUUUCUGAAUGCCAAAAAGGCCACGAGGGCCUUGGGCAUGGACUAGCCCCAGGGAAAGCCCCGCGGGAGCAUCUGAAGACAGAAGGGAUUAUUUUCUCCUGCCCACCAGUGUUGUCUGUUUAUAAUGUACAACUCACAAAUAUAAAUUGCACAUGCAGAAGGCACAGAGCCCCCAACACGUGCAGACUUUCACGGACUCGGUUUAAUCUUGUCUCAUGAAUUUCCAGAUGGCCCACUCUCCUCCGUAUCACAAGGACAUAAACACUCCUUCCUUUCAGCCACACCUCCCCAGGGCCCUGGAGGAGACCCCCACCCUGCGAUCCACACCCCAUCCUCCGCUGCAUAAGGUAUGGACUGUGCGGUGACAGCCAGAUUCUCUGCUGUUAUGUUUUGUAUUUGUUAUAUAUUCUAUUUUUAUAAAGGGAACUUAAAAAAAUAAAUAUGUUUUGCACAAAGCUCUUUAUAACAAAACCCA